UUGAAGACUGCUCAACUUCUGUUCUCCUACCACCUACAACCUUUACCACUGCAAACAAGAUGAGGAAGGCAUACUCAGUCUCAAGCUCUGGUGGCAGCACCAGGAGGUCAUUUGCUCCAACUAACAGCUACUCUGUAAAGAGAAGCAGUUAUGGUGUUGGUUCUGGAGCUGGUUCUGGAGCUGGAGCUGGUGGUCUUGGUUUUGGUUAUGGUAUGUCUUCAAUGAGUGGUUCUGGUAUGUCUUCUAUGGGUGGUUCUGGUAGUUAUGGCUUUACUUCUAGCCAACCAGCAGGCUGCUACAUCCCUCCACCGAUCACAGCUGUUACAACCAACCAGAGCCUGCUGGCCCCUCUGAACCUGGCAAUUGACCCAUCCAUCCAGGUUGUCCGCACCCAGGAGAAGGAGCAGAUCAAGACCCUCAACAACCGCUUCGCCUCCUUCAUCGACAAAGUCCGUUUCCUGGAGCAGCAGAACAAGAUGCUGGAGACCAAAUGGAGUCUCCUGCAGGACCAGACCACCACCCGCUCCAACAUCGAUGGCAUGUUCGAGGCCUACAUUGCCAACCUGCGCAGACAGCUCGACGGGCUGGGCAAUGAGAAGGUCAAGCUGGAGGGAGAGCUGAGGAACAUGCAGGGCCUGGUUGAGGACUUCAAGAAUAAGUAUGAAGAUGAAAUCAACAAACGUGCAGCUGCAGAGAACGAGUUUGUGAUCCUGAAGAAGGAUGUUGAUGCUGCCUACAUGAACAAGGUGGAGCUGGAAGCCAGGGCUGAUGCUCUUCAGGAUGAGGUUAACUUCCUCAGGGCCAUCUAUGAGGCUGAGCUUCGUGAGCUGCAGGGCCAGAUCAAGGACACCUCCGUCAUCGUGGAGAUGGACAACAGCCGUACCCUGGAUAUGGAUUCUAUUGUUGCUGAAGUGCGUGCUCAGUAUGAGGACAUUGCCAACCGCAGCAAGAAUGAAGCAGAGACCUGGUACAAACAGAAGUAUGAGGAGAUGCAGUCCUCUGCUGGACAGUAUGGUGACGACCUUCGCGCAACCAAGACUGAGAUUUCUGAGCUGAACCGCAUGAUCGCCCGUCUUCAAAAUGAGAUUGAGGCUGUCAAGGGACAGAGGGCCGGCCUUGAGGCUCAGAUCGCAGAGGCUGAGGAGCGUGGUGAGCUGGCAGUGAAGGAUGCCAAGCUCCGCAUCAGGGACCUGGAGGAUGCUCUGCAGAGAGCCAAGCAGGACAUGGCCCGCCAGGUGCGCGAAUACCAGGAGCUGAUGAACGUCAAGCUGGCCCUGGACAUCGAAAUCGCCACCUACAGGAAACUGCUGGAAGGAGAGGAGAGCAGACUGAACAGCGGAGGCGCAAGCGCAACCAUCCACGUGCAGCAGACUUCUGGUGGAUUCUCCAGCGGCAGCUCCAGCGGUGGAUUCGGCUACGGUGGCAGCAGCAUGUCUGGUGGUUAUGGUGGUGUGUCUGGUGGUUAUGGCGGUAUGUCUGGUGGUGGUAUUACCAAGUCCUCAGUCACAUCAACCAGCAGCUCCAGGAGAAUGUAUUAAAAAGGAGAGCCGUCCCUCAUCCCCUUCAGAGAGUCUUGAAAUUUGUUCUCAAUCAAUACAGAUUGAUUUUGUAAAAGCCUUCAUAGCAACAUGGCUGAUGAAUGUUGUAUUAAAUGACAUCAAAUGAAUCUGAAUAAAAUAAAUCGGAGAACUAAAAUGA